UCACACAGUUGUCCUGCUCAGCUUGGAAGAUGCUGCAGUCAGAUGCACUGCGGUAAAAAAUAACGCCAGACAGGGAGGGAGAAAGAAGUCUGUAUUAUUCGCAAUGCCAGCCCGUGAGAAAUAUCCAGGGUCCUUUGAUGCGUGGGAUAAUUUUUGCCACUCAAAAGAACAGCGCUUUAUUAAAUAAUUUGUUGAUCCUUCAGAAGGAAAGGAUAGCCUACAUUUUUCCCCGGGGAGCGGACAAAUCGGGAUAAGGAGCCUAUUUUUUUCAGAAGGGACAACGUGAGGGCAGUCAAAUAGAAGAGCAUGGCACCAAGAGCAUGGCACCAAGAGCAUGGCACCAAGAGCAUGGCACCAAGAGCAUGGCACCAAGAGCAUAGCACCAAGAGCAUAGCACCAAGAGCAUAGCACCAAGAGCAUAGCACCAAGAGCAUAGCACCACUUGCAAUGCCAGGAUGGUGGGUUCCAUUCCCGGGACCACCAGUGAGUAAAAUGUAAUUUUGGAGGAAGCAACUUCAGUCCCUACCAUUUCUUACUUUGCUCAAACAACGUCUUCCUGGAUAACAUCUCAAAGGAAUAUCUUACAGUCAAGUGUUCAAAGAAGAGCCUUUUUUAGGCUUCUCAGCCCUAGGAUCUGUACUUUCAUUGCUACAUUACACUUAAGGACAUGUCUGCUGUGCGACUGCUGCUCCUGUUUCUGCUUUGUUCCCAUUUUGUGUCCCUGUGCCAUGGGGCCUGUUCAGAGGUGGACUCGGACACUGAGGCCGUUGCAGGCAAAGGGUUCAAACUGGGCUGCAUCUCCUGUAAGAUGAGGCCUGAGGUGGAGGCUUCUGCCACGGUCAACUGGUAUUUCAAGGCCAAAGGGGAAGCUGAAUUUGCUCAUAUAUAUAAUUACGAUGAGGAGGGCCCCCACAUUGUGGAUGAGCGCUUUGAGGAGCGCGUCGACUGGAACGGCAGUAAGAGGAGCCAAGACAUACAGGAUGCAUCCAUCUACCUCUUCAAUGUCACCUUCAAUGACUCGGGCACCUACAGUUGCCACUUCCACCGGCUCUUGACGUAUGAGUUCUACGAAUACCAGACUGUUGUCAGCAAACUUGUGCACCUGAAAGUGGUGGCUAAAGCCACCAGAGGGACAGCCUCCAUAGUCUCUGAGGUGAUGAUGUAUGUGUCCAUCAUCGGGUUACAGGCUUGGCUCUACAUAGAGAUGGUAUACUGCUUCAGAAAGAUCUCAGCUGCAGGAGAGGAAGCAUUACGAGAAAGCGCAAAAGCCAAAGAAGGUACUUUUCCUGAAAAACGUUUGCUUGCUUGCUUCAGCAGUCUAGAAGUAUGUUUAAAUAGCUUAAAAGCUCAUGUAAAAUUCAAGUUGAAAAGAAGUUGGAGUUAAAUAUAGUUGUGUCAGGAGGGGAACUCAUGUAUUCCGUUGACAUCACAUUUCAUUGAACAUAAAAUGUGUAUGAUACUACAUUUGGCCUUGGUGUUUAGGCUGUGCUCUGUGGGGUGCUGCCAAUGUGGGAAAAGUGCUCAAUAUGCUCAGUAUACAACCAAAAGCAAGCUAUAGGUAGGGAGCAGAGUAUCUGCCAUUCCCCGCAUAGAUAGAAUAACAGAACCAAAAGCGGGUGGAGGCUGGGGAGCUGGAUGGCAAAAGCACAAGCGAUGGUGCUUGCUGAAUGGCGAAACUGAAUAAGCUGCCAUUUAAAUAAAUGAUAUUCAGUCUCUGAUUGAAUGUUAGCUCAGUCGACACUGCUUGCUUCGCUUUGCUACAUUAAAGUAAAUCAUAUGGUUACUUAAGUUGGAUGCAUGGUUGCUUGAUAGAAGGAUAAAGAAAGUUAUUAUGGAUGGAUGGAGUGAUGAAAGAAGGUUAGACGUGUUGUUGUAUGGAUAGAGAGGUUAGAGGAGUACGUGGAUUGAUAGAGGAUAUGAAUGAAUAGAUAAAAAAGAGUGGAAUAGACAUAGGAAUAGUAGGAGAUAUGCAGUGUAGUUUAACUUAUUGAAAUGCUUUAAGUAAUGAGAGUGGUUUGAAUGGUUAUAGAUGGAUAGAUGGAGGGAUGAAUGAUUAAGGUUAGGAUGAAAACAUAGAGAUAGUUAGGAUGCAACAUUUUAUCUGUCCCACUAUGAGUUAAUAAACAAACUGAAAGGGUGGAGUGUGUUUGUUGUUUGAACAGUUAUAGAGCAAAGCCUAGCGAUUUAAUGCCACCUGUAGUUAUGGAAUGUUUUCUCACACGUAUAAUUCAUUGGCUGAUCCCUCCUGAUGACCUGCAUGGAAUUAUGUGAUCCUUCCUUAAUCCAUAGGAAGUUGACUAUGUCAAAAUGGUGUAAGUCCUUAAUGGCUCUGCCUAUGCUAAAACAGGUAUUUGGGCACUAGAGUCCUCUAUCAAUCUCCAUGAGAUGAAAUAUCAGGUUUUUAGGUAAUAAGCGGAUGAUGAUAUUCUAACCAUUUCUAUCUUUCUCCU